UCGAAUCCAGAAAAUACAGUGGGAGUUCUCACAAUGGCAGGGAAAGGCGUUCGUGUUUUGGUCACCCCUACCAGUGAUCUGGGCAAGAUCUUAGCCUGCAUGCAUGGCUUGCAACAAUGCAUUCAUCUGAGCUGAGUUAAUCACUUUGUGGCAGUUGAGUUGAGAGUGGAUGCAGGUUUGUAUCUUUGGUUCAUUCAGAAUUUUGUUGCAAGUAGGUUCUGGCUAUGAUGUUGGAUGCAGUUGUAGACUGUAGAGUCAAGUUUGCAAGGCCGAGGUUGAAGGUUGUACAUUCAAAUUUCAUGAUGCCAUGUUUUGGGUUUUUGAAAGGUGAUAAAGCACUUUCAUUUUGGUCUUUUUUGAAGGUAGAGCAUCACUCUGGUGUAGAGUUAUUCAAUUCCUCUCUAACUUGGCUAGAUAUAGGUGGUGAGAUGAACCUAGCUGCUGGCAUUCAGGUUGCACAACUGGCUCUUAAGCAUCGGCAAAAUAAAAAACAACAGCAGAGGAUUAUUGUCUUUGCUGGAAGCCCUGUCAAGCAUGAAAAGAAGAUGUUGGAGAUGAUAGGAAGAAAGUUGAAAAAGAAUAGUGUUGCACUUGAUAUUGUUAAUUUUGGUGAAGAAGAUGAGGGGAAGACAGAGAAGCUGGAAGCACUCCUCGCAGCUGUUAACAAUAAUGAUACCAGCCACAUUGUUCAUGUUCCAUCUGGUCCUAAUGCCCUUUCUGAUGUACUUAUAAGUACACCUAUUUUCACUGGUGAUGGGGAAGGUGGAAGUGGUUUUGCAGCUGCUGCUGCUGCCGCUGCAGCUGGUGGUGUAUCAGGAUUUGAGUUUGGCGUGGAUCCAAACUUGGAUCCAGAAUUGGCUCUUGCUCUAAGAGUUUCAAUGGAAGAGGAGCGAGCCAGGCAGGAAGCAGCUGCAAAAAAGGCUGCAGAGGAUGCUGCAAAACAAGAGAAGGGAGGUGAGCAGCAAGCCAGCGCACAAGAUGCAACAAUGACUGAGCGUGCCAGUGCAGCAAUGUCUGAAGCUGAGAAUAAGACAAGUGAUUUGAUGGAUGAUGAGAAUGCCUUACUACAGCAGGCGCUUGCAAUGUCUAUGGAUGAUCCUGCCAUUAGCCAUGAUGUAAAAGAUACAGAUAUGUCAGAAGCAUCUGCAAGUGAUCCUGACUUGGCUCUGGCACUCCAAUUGUCAAUAGCAGAUAGUACAAAGGAUCAAGGCAGCCAGUCAGACAUGAGCAAAUUGUUGGCCGAUCAAUCCUUUGUAUCUUCUAUCCUUGCAUCGCUUCCUGGGGUUGACCCAAAUGACCCUUCUGUCAAGGAUUUGCUGGCUUCCAUGCAAAAUCAGUCUGAGCCUCAACAGAAGAAUGACGACAAGCCAUCAAACGAGGAGGAGAAGAAGUAAUCUUUGAGAACCACUUUGCCCUGUAUGGUUUUAUUUUCUUGGUAGCAUUCUUCGCGGCUGUUACUAAUCGGGGGAACUAUUUACGCAUGUUUCAAUGUGUCUCUCUGCACUUUAAUUGGAACCAAUGCAUGUCUCUCGAUUGAAUAUUGGAUGAUUUUUAACUUAAAAUGUUCUUGAUUAUCAUGCCUUGUUCUUGGUUGGUGCUUAUCAUGUGACGAGGGCUUUUAAAGGACUGUGUUUUAAUACCGAAGAAAGUUCCAACUAUUAAAAUGUAUUUCAAUCUCAUCUCCAUAUUUGUGCUAA